CAUGCUAUUCUCAAAAAGACCGUGGUUGAGGGAAGAAAGUUCGUCCUCGGCCGAGUAUUAAUGUGCCUGCAUUCGCAUAAAUAACCGUGUGCGUCGGUGAUAAAUACACAAACCACACACUCGCAUUAAUGUCCAGAUGCAAUCAAAGGCACAACGGAUAUAAACAACUGUAAAUAAAGUUCAUCAAACCAAUAGAAGUUGCUGCAUCUUCUCUUACCGGAGGAUUAGGUCAAUUAUAUACAGCUGGCAAAUUUGUCACCGAAACCCAAUUCCUUACAAGUGGUCCUUCGAGCCCGGAUCCUGUUUAUAAUUGCACUAUGGCAACUUCUAGCAACUAUGGAGAAGAACAACCUGCAGUUUUAUUUCGUCCAAUUCGGCCUCAUCAACUUCCCAGACACCUACAUGACUUUGUAAUAGACAGCCCAUCCUAUCUGACCCGACGAGAGUCACCCCAGGUAAUGGAGGUUGAACAAGAGGAAUUUGCAGAAGAUGCUUCGCUGAUUGGGACAGAAGCACUGGGGCUGGAAGGGAUGGAAGCACGUAUGAGAGACAUCGCUCGGCAAAUGAGACAGCUACAGUCAGCCAUGGACAGUGUCAAAGGUCAAACUCACCCUCCACGAAAUCAGUUCGACUCAUCAUAUCCUCGUCGGAUUUCUAGCCUUCCUCACAUUAAUGGGACCACCAGAACAUCCCCACUUAUGGAUAAUCAGAUGAGUUCGACAUCAGCUGAUGGAGGACAUCGUCAUCUACUAGACAACUACGAGCUUGGCCCGCCGACAACACAGUCCACACAUCAGCAAGAAAUCAGCUCAACGACUAAAGCUGUCCGAGCUCUGCAGCCGUCAGUUCAGGUAGCAGCACCUACGCUGGAUCUCGGUGAUCUCACUCGUCAUUCAGCUGCUCUAACCGGAUCAAGGCCGGAGUCUUCACAGCCAUAUUUAACACAGUCUACUCAUCACACCCCACUUCCUCAGAGAGUAUUAACACCACCUCUACCCGUAAUGCAUACUGACCAGCAUAUCCAGCCAAUUCAUCACCCAGCUCAACCAAUAAUAAACCGGCCUGUAGCUCCACUAACAAGGCCACCUACUCUGUAUACUGCUCAGCCUGCAUCUCCGCAGCCUCAAGGCACACUACAGCCAUUUACCCAACAGCCGAAUUAUCUUCAACACGUCCAGCAGCAGAUAACUUACUCACCUGGGCUGCAAUUAGGAUUCCAACCUCCUCCAAGACAAGUCUUCAGCACCAUUCCUCAGCAUCAGCCAGCGACUGAUCCAGCAUCUUAUUCAUUUCCACAAGCUGGAUAUCCCCCUGCUGGUCAACCACAGUUAUACCAGCCUGCCUCUCAGCCAGCUGCCUAUGCAUAUUUUCUAGAUGGUUUGAAUUGCGAUUAAUUAAUUUUUAAGCUGUAAUUAACUCGAUUAAAAAUUUUAAUCGUUUGACAGCCCUAAUUGAAUUGUAUCGGAAAUCAUACCGAACCGUGACUUAACUGUAUCGUUGCACCCGUUAUACGCACACACACACACGCAGAGUUUUUUUUUUUUUUCGCAAACCGAGUGGCAUCGGAAUUGUAUCAGUAUUGGCCGAUACUGCACAGCCAGGUAUCUGUAUCGGUAUCGGGCAACACUAAUAGUAUUACCCAGAGCCGCUUUACCGUGUAUCGGAUUAGCUGCCGUAAAGCAAGUGUCGUUAUUGCCGCAAAUGUAAACAAAGCGCUGGAUAAUGGAUACAUGUCAGACAGCGGCUAGUUCGGGUGGCCCGUCAGCGGCGGUGACGUCGUCUGCCCGUCCGGCGUCAAUCAGAGUACGCCACGUUGGGAGGGGAGGCAGCCAGCUGGCGGACGCAGCGAUCAGAUGAUUGACAGUCUCAAAAAAGAUAACAAUUAAACGGCCAGGGCCGUCGCACCACUCAGAAGUGCAGUGAGCAGCAUGGGUAACGGUUAAAUGUUCACAUAGAAGAUGGUUGGCCCUCUGGGUGGGGAAAUUAAAUUAAAAAUGAAUAUUUUAUUUAAAAAUUAAAAAAGAAUAUAGAUGGAACAACUCUUCACUUCGGUGUUGCAACUGUUCAAUUUUUGCACAUCAGAUAUUUAUUUUAAAGAAAAAGUCUUAGCCAAAGUUAUCUUUGUUUUUCAAAAUAUCUACAUUUCAGAAUAUUGUACUUUCUAUUUUUGGGCAGAAUUCUAGUUUUGUCAUAGGCUAAUGUUCCUAUUGUCGAAAGCACAAAAGUGUGUAAUAAACAACUAGCACAUUUAUAUUUUGCAUUUUGUUUUCUUACUGUACUGAAAAUGAACCGAACCGUGACCUAAAACCGAGGUUCGUACCGAACCGAGAUUUUUGUGGACCGUUACACCCCAAACAAAUACGCACAAAAAUAUUCAAUUUUGUUGAUGUAAGAGUAAACAUGUUGUGUGUUACCAUAUCCAUAGCCGUCUUGUAUUCUUUCCUUGGAAAGAACUCAAGGAGUUGGUUUGUCUUUUGCUCCAAGGCCAAACGAUCAUUUUCCUUUUGCAGCUCGAGUUGGACAAUGUUGCUUAUAUAUUGUCUAAUUGGGUCCAGGAAACUGAAGAGGAAAAAGAGAUAGUAGAGGAAAGCUUAUUAUGUCCCAGGUGUAAAUCAGUGAUUUGCUUUCCUAGAAUAACUAAUUGUCGACACAUACAGUAAUUGAAAGUCUCCUGCCACCAUCACCUGUACAAUUUGGUGAAAUCUUUCAAAGGGGGGGGGGGGGGGUGACAUCAAACAUCCAUAGAUUCAUAUUCUGCACUAAUUCUGUUGCCGAAGUGCCAGACAAUGGCAAAACAUCUGUCCAAAUACUACCAUUAGCACAAACACCUGAGAUCAUAACAACCAUUUGGUUUUCAGUUUUGUGUAUAACGAGAGUAUGCCAAUGCCAUGGGAGUUGUGUAAAUAUUGUCAUUACAAUGACUUGUUUGCAUGCCAGACAAACAUGAUUAAACAUUGCUCAAUGAAAUGAAUAGGUUUUUAAAGAAUGGAUAUGCAGCUUUUUACCUCUCCGUGCGAAGCAAAUUGGUUGAAAUUGUAGAGGCGACUUUAGUCACGUGUACUUGAGUGAACAGGAGUCUGAACUCAGCCUCAAUCUUUGGCCUGAGGAGACCUUCCAGCUUUCGGACCGGCGCGCUCUCAUCUCGUUUGCCUACAACGAAAGGGACAACAACUCAAAUGUCUUUCCAUAUAUGAGCGAAUGCAAGAAAGUAGAAUGUAUAAUGGAUCUUUGAUGCCCAUUUUGCAAGAAUGUGUUUUUUGAGCUAUUAUAGCUGGUUCUUCCUGCCUGCCUCUGAAAAAGUGGACCCUCGCCCAUACUUGCCCAACUGGUCCCAACGUAAAUACCAGACAUAUGGAUAUAAAUAGGGUUGGGCAUCGAGCAUCGAUGGGAACCGGUUCUAUCACUCCAGUGCUCCCGGAAUCGUUCGAAUUUUAAAAUUUCGAUUCCAUGUCUCGAUGCCCUGACCGCCGAGCGAGAAAAAAACCCUAACGCCUCGAGUAUUCGAUUAGAAAAAAAUAUUCGAAUAAAAUUUUGUUGCCUGGAGUAUUCGUUUAAUUCAAGUGGCGUUGUAAUGUGUGAUUUUGAAAGUGCUGACAUUUAGUUUAUUGAUUAGGGUGGAUACAUUGCCCUCUGAUCUGCCUCAUUUCACAUGGCUGAAUACAACUGCUCCCUGUUAAGACCAACUUAAGCAAAGUUUUUCUUUGGGCUAAUGCUUUUUAAUGCAUUCGUAAUUUUGUUUAUGUGUUUUCUGAGCCAUUUUCUGUGGGAAUACGAGUCUGAACUAGAGAUGUCCCGAUCCGAUAAAAAAAUGCGGUCCGGUAUCGGAUCGGCCGACACGGAAAAAUUCCGAUCCAGACUUCCGAUUAGAGCAGGUCGGUAAACCGAAAAUUUACCGGUACCGAAAUUCUUUUCGCUGACCGACAUCAUUUUGACCGUGACGGUAAAUUCGGUAAUUUAAUAAAACAAGAAAAUAAGUCUUUUCAUCCCGCUUUGACUCUGUGUUGUUCGGCUACGUUCAUUCCCCUUUAAGAAAGCAGACAGUGUGCUUACGUAUGGAGUCACGUGGUUAUCAGGAAGCAAAACAAACGAGCCUGGUAGGCUAACGCUAGCAGCUAACGCUACAAGCAAACGUGAUGGAGUGUUGCUUAAGGGAGGUUCGCCAAACACACCCAGACGGGCUUUCACCCGCUGUCCUCCCUUGUUCUCACGAUUUCCAGAGAGGAUGCUUUCAAUGCUUUCUACUGGUAGCCAAGCAACAGGCUAACGCGAGUGGCUAACGCUAGCGGUUAACGCUACAAAUGAAUGUGAUGGAGUCGGAUAGCGGCUCUAAAUUUGUCGAAACAGCUGAACUUAAUGAGUGGAUUGGUCUCGGACUGCAUCUAGCAAUUAGUAUAUCACGUUAUUGUGUAUCUCUGCCUGUGUGUGAUUUCUCUGAUAGCUUUUGUGAUGGUAAAGCAUUCAGCAUAAAGUACAAUCUAACAGUGAAAAUUAUAACUUUUUAAUGGCCCCAGCCCCAUUUUUCUGUAUGUGCUUAAUUCUGUGUCAUUAGAUCAAUGCAGCUUUAAUGUGUGUGUGUAUGUAUUAAAAAAUGCACUAGGGAAAAAAAAAAUGAAACCUUGCAGUAAACACUUGUGUUGAGUAAUUAUGUCACAGCAGCCAUUAACAAAAAGUUGUCUUUUUGAAGUGUACUGUUCAAGCUGUAAGUAAUUUGUGUUACAAUGACAUAUUGAUUUUGACAAUGUACAUUGUUCAAGCCAUACAAGCUGUUUUGAAUGUUUAUACUUGAAUUUUUAUUGUUUACAAUAAAUUUUUGUAUACUUAAUGUUUAGACUGCAUGUACAAUUGUUAAAUAUAUUAAAUUGAAAGCUGGUAAAUAAAUCAACAAGAAACGGUUAAUCUGUAUUUCAUGCAUUGAUUCAGAUUUUCAAAUUAUAUAAGUCUGCUUGGACGAAUUUAUCGUCAUUUAUCGUUAUCGAGGUAAAAUCUGCUCAAUUUAUCGUGAUACGUGCUCAAGGCCAUAUCGCCCAGCCCUACUUCCGAUCCAGUUUUUUUUUUUUUUUUUUUUAAAUCCGGUCCGGGUUUUCCGAUAUACAUAAUCCAUUCCAGUUUUUUCUUCGGUUUCCCUAAAAUCCGGUCCGCAUUUUACGGCACACCUUCAACACACUACAUUACCGUCUCCCAAUUUACCGAGACACUUAUCUGUAAAAAUGUCAGCUGUGU